AUGGAAAAACUCGAAGUUAAGAUAGUGUACAAGAAGAAAGCAAGCCUUGCUUCAUUCUUUAUCCACAACUUAUCGGAGGUGCUGCAACCCACCUGAAAAGUCACUCAUAAAGAAGGAAAGAAAGAUCCUGCUCCAGGCUUGAACAUUGAGAUUAAGUAUCCAGAUGAAGAUGAAAUCUUUGGAGAAAUAUCUGCAGCUAAUUUGAUAUGUGAACAAGCUCAACAUGGUCCAUUGCCCUUCUUUGGAAAAUCAUUAGCAGUUGAUCACUGGAUUGAACUUAUCACAGGAGAAUUUUGAAUAAUGGCUGAAGCUGUAGCCUUCCAGAACGAUAGAAGCAGAAAUGAUGAGAUUAAGGCCAUGAUAAAGGACAUUCAAACAACCUUCGUACCAGAGAUCAACCCAGAUGAGAAAGGCCCAUUACAAGUCUUGCUGUUCUCUUAUUUGUCUCCACUUAAGAAACUACUAAAUGGGAAAUUACAAGCAUUUGUGAAGAAAUUAGGUGACAAUUUGGGCUUAUCUGGUGACGGAGAAUUCUUUAAAAAGACUGAAAAGAAGGUGCAAUACAGUAACUCUAAAGCAAAGCUAGUAAGAUUGAAUAAGGGAAAAGAGAUACUCCCUGUGGCAGGAAAGAGAAACAUCUUGAUCACCUCUGCCCUUCCUUAUGUUAACAAUGUUCCUCAUCUCGGAAAUAUCAUUGGAUGUGUUCUCUCAGCAGAUGUCUACGCUAGAUAUGCAAGAUUAGCAGGACAUAAUGCCAUCUACAUUUGUGGAACCGAUGAAUACGGAACAGCAACAGAGACUAAAGCUCUUGAAGAAGGCAAAAGCUGCCAAGAGAUUUGUGACCAUUAUCACGCCAUCCAUAAGAAGAUUUAUGAGUGGUUUGAUUGUGACUUUGAUCAUUUUGGAAGAACUACUACUGAAGAGCAGACUAAAAUUGCCCAAUCUAUUUUUUGGGAUUGCUACAAUAAUGGAUAUACUUACGAAGACACAGUAGAGCAACUCUAUUGCUCUUCCUGUGACAAGUACCUAGCAGAUAGAUUUGUAGUAGGAGGAUGCUAUCUCUGCCCAUUUGAUGAUGCUAAGGGUGACCAGUGCGAUGGAUGCGGCAAACUCCUUGACGCCAUGCUCUUGAAAAACCCAAGAUGUAAGGUAUGCGGAACCACUCCAGCUCCUAAGGAAGCAACCAAUCUUUACUUAGACUUAAAGAAGUUGCAAGGAAAGUUAGAUGAGUGGGUUGAUGAGUCAUCUGAGAAAGGAAAAUGGAGCAAGAAUUCUAUUUCAACCACCAAGGGCUGGAUUAAGAAAGGACUUGAAGGAAGAUGCAUCACUAGAGAUUUGAAAUGGGGAACUCCAGUCCCACUUGAAGGAUAUACCGACAAAGUAUUUUACGUAUGGUUCGAUGCUCCAAUUGGGUACCUCUCUAUCACUAAUACUUUCACUGGAGACUGGGAGAAAUGGUGGAAGAAUCCAGAAGAAGUAGAGCUAUACCAAUUCAUGGGAAAAGAUAAUGUACCAUUCCAUUGUGUUGUCUUCCCCUCAACUCUUAUUGCUACUGAACAGAAUUGGACUCUUUUGCAUCAUAUCAGUACUACUGAAUAUCUCAAUUACGAAUCAGGAAAGUUCUCCAAGACUAGAGGAGUCGGUGUCUUCGGUAAUCAUGCUGAAGAGACAGGAAUCAAUAGCGAGGUUUGGAGAUACUAUCUUCUUAGUGUCAGACCAGAAAGCAACGACUCACUUUUCAAUUGGGAUGACUUUGCUGCAAGAAAUAACAACGAACUCAUUGCUAAUUUAGGAAACUUUAGUCACAGAGCUCUUGUAUUUACUCAAAAGUUCUUAGAAGGAAAGAUUCCUGAAAGAAAAACUGAACUCCUCGAUGUUGAUAACAAAUUCAUCGCUGAUGUAUUUGAAAUCUUUGAAGAGUACUGUGUCACAAUGGAGGAAGUCCAUCUCAGAGAAGGACUUGCCAAGGCGAUGAAAAUUAGUAAAGCUUGAAAUGAAUACAUGACUUCGACUGAGCCGUUCAAAGUUUAUAAAACUGAUCUGGACAGAGCUGGAACUAUUCUUAAUAUUUUGCUGAAUGCUCUGAGAUUCUUGUCAGGUGUGCUGGAGCCAUUUAUUCCUAGUUUCAGUGCUAAGAUAUAUGAGACACUGAAUUUAGUAAGAACUGAGCAAGACGAAACUUUGAUUGGAGAUUUGAGAGGAAAACCAGCAGACAUCUUAUUAACUUUACUAAAACCAGGCCAUGAAAUAAAGGUUCCAAACCCAAUAUUCAAGCAAAUAUCCGAAGAGCAAUGCGAGGAAUGGAGAAAGAAAUUUGCAGGAAAUUCUGGAUAG